CAUGACUGAGACUUUGCCGCAAGCGGAUCUCGACUGCACGUUUAUCAUGGCAACUCGUAGCUCUCAGCUGGUCAACAUUCCGAUAUUUGUUUGUAUGCGAGCGGCUUUUCCGGAAAUUCCAUGGCGAAUUGAGAUUUGCGACGAACGGCAGCGACGCAUGGUACAGCGAUGCAUUGACUCGGGAAGCCUGCAAUUUGGCGUCUGCACUAGUACAGCUAUUUCGGCGGGAGAACCAUUUUCAGACUUUGGCACGGUCGUAACUAUCAAGAACCAAAUAGUCAAAGAAGAUGGAAGGCUGGUUAUCGACGCUCUAGGGUGCAGGAGAUUUUGGAUUGUUGACCGCUGUAUGCAAGAUUUCUACUACACAGCAAAUGUAGCCUUUAUCAGCGAUGAAAUUGUGAAGCGUGAAAAAUCAACAGAAAAACUUAAAAGUCUUUCCAGAAGAGUCUAUGAAGUUAUCUACGAGUGGUAUACCUCACUUGACUUUCCAGCCAAGGAAAAAGUUAAAUGGAUUGCCGGAGACAUGCCCAGCUAUGAUGUAAACUCAGAUCCAAACAUACAUCCCCACGGUCCAGCUUGGGUUUGGUGGGCGUUUGCCGCAAGACAGACCGAAGUAGAACCAUCUGUAGUCGUAGGAUGUCCCUAUCUAGAAGAACGUCUGUUGAUGUUGAUCCAAGAGUCAGAAUCAGAAGAAGACGAAAGUCAAGACCUGGAUGCUAUGGCUUACAUUUAACUAAGAUUGCGUUUCAUACUAGCUGUGAUUGUAAUCUAUAAAUCAAAUUAAAAAUGUUUGC